CCUUCAGAGACUCGGAUCGUAAUAUGAUGACAUUUUCAGCAAUUUAUGAACAUACACACUAUUUAAGCAAUGUUUUGAUACACACUACUUGACAAAAACAUUUUUUAUUCAGCAUUGUUACUGGAAAAGUCACAGGUUUAAAAUGGCAACCAGAAGAUCCAGACUACAGGUCAAACCAAAUAUCCUUGGGGGGCCUAAGGGACCAGGACAAAAAUCAGUGCCAAAGCCAUCUGGUAAAGACUCAAGUAAAGAAAGUGAGGCAGGAGCAGAAACUGACAUUAGCAAGCACACCAAAAAGGACAGUUUUAUAAACCCUCCAAAUGAAAAUAGUAGUAAAGAAGAGGCUGAGAAAGUUGAAUUACAGACAACAACUGUUAAUUCAGAUAUAAACAAAGAUAAAUCUGAUGGUAAAAAUCUUGAAACAGAAAGUAAAAGUGCCAAUGUCAACAAUACUGAUAUACCAGCGCUGCCAACAAGAGCAAGACUAAGGAAGUUUGGAAAAGUUAAUAUUUCUGCUGCUAGAGGCACUAAGCCUGAACCACAGGUGGCAAAAGCUUCUGAAGUACAGCCUAAAGAAGAUAAAUCAGAAAAUCAUGAGUGUAAAUUAGACAGUGUGAAAAAUGAAGGAAAAGAAGAAACUCAUAUAGAAAAGAACAAUACAGAUGAUGGAUCUAAAACAAAUUCAGUUAUACAGAGAAGGUCAAGGUUUCCCAAGGCAAAACCUAACCUUGCUGAUGCAGGUAGAAGGAGAAUAAAGGAACCAGCAAACAAAGAAGAAGCAUCAAAUGCUAGUGUCAGCGAGUCACCAAAGAAAAUUCCAGAGAUACUUGUGACUGAACCAUCCAUACAGGAGUUGAAGGCUAACAAGAACAAACCAGAGACCUCAGAAUCAUUACCCAGCACCCCUACCCUGACACAGCUACAGCCAAAACCUCCAGCAACUCCCAUUAGUAGUAUACUGAAGUCUCCAUUAAAACACCCUACACCAACGAUUCCAGUGUCACCAGAAAAGAGGGCCAGGACAUUAAGUACUUCAGAGCCACCGGUUGUGAAACGGCAAAAGAAGCCAAAGGUGACUGCACCAACAGACCAACCACCUGACCGAACAACUAUGAAAAUGAAGGACCUUAUACGAUGGAAUCCAUCCAACAAUCCUAUGAAACCAAAGAUUAAGACUGGGACAGCUACAGUUGCCAAAGCUGCAGAGAAAGAGAAUGUGGAGGAAGAAGUUGAUACCGGAGAGAAAGUUGUGAUAACAGAAGUGGAGAAGGAACCUGAACCAGAAGAUGAUGCAUUACCUGUUCCACAAGUCACCAUAGGACCUGACGGAAAUAUAGUUAUUAAUGAGAAAAGUUUGAUAGUAAAAGGUCCAGAUCUGGAUAAGGAAUCCAACAAGAUAAAUGACAUUAUCGAUGAGACAGAUAUGUUCACAACAUAUGGCAGCUUCAGAACAAGACAUCGGUCUAAAAGAUGGACAAAAAAAGAAACCAAGAAAUUUUACAAAGCACUGGCCAUGAUUGGUAUAGACUUCUUUCUAAUAAAUCAACUUUUCCCAAACAGAACUAGGCUUGAAAUUAAGAAAAAAUUCAAGAAAGAAGAGAAAAUCAACAAAGCUUUAGUGGACAAAGUUCUGAAAGAAAGGAUCAAUUUUGACCCGACUGUAUUUGAUGCUUGUGACAAAUCUUCAGAUGAUGAUGAUGAAGAUGAAGGUACAAAGAAAAAGGAAAAGAAAAGAAAGGCAAAGGAGCAGAACAAUACAAAAACUUCUGCCUCAAAAAGAGCAAGUAAAAGAAAGAGAGCCAGGAAAAAUUAUUUUGAAGAUGAAUCAACUACAGAUGAAGAUGAGGAUCUUACACCAAUAAAAUCCAGCAAAAGAAAUUCUGGUCCAACUGUGUCACAGAAAGAUGGUGAGGUUGUUGACAUUCUGAUGGACAUGAGUAAAGGUCGUAUCCAAGGUGAAGGUUAUAAUUCUGGUAAUCUGGAUAUGUCAGAGAAACUUACGGCUGUUCCAGCAAAUAAAGUACAUAAACGUGGUUCUUUUAUUCCUAUAGAAGCCAGAACGCCAAAAUUGGGGUCACAAAAUAACCAGAAUGUCAGUGUUGAAAAUGUCCCCGUUAAUAUUCCAGGUAUUCAAAGUAUCAGUAUUAUGCAACCCCAGAAAAUAGGGGCAGGAUCUUCUGUUAAAAUACCUGUAUUUAACUCAGGAAGUAGUACAUCAUUGAAUACAGGUUCAAUUAAUCAAACUAUAAAUUAUUCUAAUUCUGAAAGGUCAGAAAGGCGUAUUUACAUACCUGAUUUGAACAAAACGUAUUCCUCACCAGUUCAGUCAAAUAUUCAGAGGAGUAACAGUGAGUUUAAUCAAGUGCAAUAUAACCAGAUUGGAAAUGCGCCUUUAGCAGAAAUUGGAGGCAGCUCUAGUCAUAUACUUCCAGGAACCAGUCUAACUCAUUUAAAUCAAGCAAGGAGUCAGUUACAAACUGUAACCAGUCAUAAUCAAUUACAAGAAGAAACCAGUCAGAGUCAGUCACAACAAGAAACAGGUUUCACUCAGUUACAGCCGGGAACCAGUCAGAGUCAGUUACAGCAACUGCAAGUGUUAAAUACAAUGCCAGUCAAUGAUAAUUCCCAGCUUAGCUCUGAAGAUGCAGACCAGUAUGUAUUAGUUACUGUAAUGCCUGAAGGAGGCGGGGAAACAGUUAUUCAUAUAUACAGGCUACAUGGUGGUGGCCAGACACAAAAUCAGGUCGUGUAUGCAGACCAGUUUUCCGAACAGCAGAUGACAUUAGAGAGUGGAACCAGCAAUGAACCUUCUGACGGGUCACAUGACCAGUCCUCUAGUACUAUACCAUUUUCAGUCAGUGAUUCACAAAAAAUUGAUACAUCCUCAGUUGAUUCAACAGUAUCAAACAUAACGGCUGAAAUCAUCAGUGAUAUUUCUAACGCUACAGCACUUCAGUCAGAUGUAGCGGACACCUCAGUUGAUAGUGAGUUUGUAUUAAUACGUGAAUCAUAUCUCCAGGACAGCAAUGUUACCACACAGUUAGAACCACAAUUAACUCCAGACAGUGAAAAUGUAUUAGCAAUACAAUCUUAUCUACAAGAUCAGUCUACAAAUAAUACAACUUUGAAUGAACCGGGUUUACAAAAUAUUUUAAAAGUUGAAGUUGAGGUUGACACUAAGAUUGAGAUGAAAGAUGAAGUGAGUGAAGAAAUUGUGACUCAAGAGGCACAAUCUGAACCUAAUCUUACAAAUUUGAAUUCAGAUGAAGUUGAAAUUGAAAACAGAUAGUAAAGGGUUGUGUUUGUGUGAAGAUUUGCAUUAAAGUUGAAGGCCUCCAUGGCCUAGUGGUUAAGGUAACUUUCUUCUGGACCUUGCACCUUAUUGCUGUAUAGGUCUGGAUGAGUUGCUAAAGUAGUCAUUAUUUUAUGUGAGGUUAGCUCCCUUUUCCUUGCUCCAUAUUCCUGUAUGAAAUAAUUAAAGGUUGCAUGGGGUCUCCUGUACAAGUAGCAUUAAAGUAAGCAAUUAUUAAUUUUGUCAUGUCAAUAAUUCAAAUCAAAAUAGAAUUCCAGCCUCGUAUACUAAAUAUUAUCUUUAAAAUAUUGCAAUUUUCCAAAUUUAAUUUUCAUGUACAUUAAACUUGAAAGAAAAUUAUGAAAUUAUUUGAGAGUGACAUUUUGGUAAAAUUAUUGUUGUACAAUGACUACAAUGUGUUGUGUUUGACACUAGUUGAUAAGAUACCGUUUCAUCAACAAGCCUGCCAAUGAGAGGAGCUCCACUGAGGUCCAAAAGCCUAAAAACAUGAAAUUUUUAGUUCUUGAAUACAUUAACUGGCUCACUUCAAAUGGAAAAAUAAUAUGCAAGAUAUAAUAGAGAAAUAUGCCUUCAAUAAAUUUAAAUCGAUAUUUUUGUGUGCAAUUUUUAGCCAAAUUUGGGUUAAAAACAUUGCAACUCUUUUUUCUUUGGGUUAUUUUAAGCUAUAAAAAUUAAUAUUCAGGAAUAACAGAGUGAGCAAAUGAUCUGAAAUUUUGCACAUAAGUUAUUGGUCUAGAUCUUCAUUAAAUGGUACAUAAA